CCAAACUGAGCGAUGGCCACCAUAGAUGGGCGACCAGCCCAAUAUGGGAUCUCCUUGAAACAUCUACGGGAGUUAAUGGAACAUCGCGGAAGAGAAGGUGUAAACAAGAUUAACGAAUUAGGGGGAGUGCAAGAGAUAUGUAAAAAAUUGUAUACAUCACCUAGCGAAGGCCUGAGUGGUUCACAAAUAGACACAGAUCAUAGAAGAGAAACAUUUGGAUCCAACACGAUACCACCUAAACCUUCAAAAACAUUUCUUCAACUUGUUUGGGAAGCGUUGCACGAUACGACGCUUAUUAUUCUCCAAAUAGCUGCCAUAGUAUCUCUCGGUCUAUCUUUCUAUCAACCUGCCGACGAUUCGGCUGGGCCCAUCGAGGACGACGAAGGACAUUACGGAUGGAUCGAGGGCCUUGCUAUUCUUGUUUCAGUCAUAGUUGUAGUUAUAGUAACAGCUUUUAAUGAUUAUUCAAAAGAAAGACAAUUUAGAGGAUUGCAAAGUAAAAUUGAAGGCGAGCAUAAAUUUUCAGUUAUUAGACAAGGAGAAGUGAAACAGAUAUCGGUUGGUGAUAUUGUCGUCGGCGAUAUUUGUCAAAUCAAAUAUGGAGAUCUUUUACCAGCGGACGGUUUAUUGAUCCAGAGUAAUGAUCUGAAGGUGGACGAAUCCUCCCUGACGGGAGAGUCCGACCAUGUGAAGAAAGGCGAGUCCUUCGACCCGAUGGUCCUGUCGGGGACGCACGUCAUGGAGGGCAGCGGCAAAAUGCUGGUGACGGCCGUCGGCGUCAACUCGCAGGCCGGCAUCAUCUUCACACUGCUGGGUGCUGCAGUCGACCAACAGGAACAAGAGAUCAAAAAGAUGAAGAAAGGUAUCAAUAUUGCUCCCAUACAGUUUCGGCGGUAUCACGUUUCGGCAGCACACCUGCCCGAUCGUACAUACGAGAUCGUCGUCUUAGAGUUUCUCAUUUUAAAGCUGAUUGAACAAGAGCCGUUUGCUAAUAGCCAUACAUGCACUGAUUUUGGUAUUGGCACUGACACAGGCACUAAAAGCACAGAACAAACUGAUGAUCACUGCCGCUGCCGAUCGCACGUCACUGAUCGUUGUAAUUGUGAUUUUUGCACAAAUGUCAAGGUUACAUCAUACACAGCCGGCGUGUCAGUUAGGUGUACGGCUGUGCACAAAGUGUACGAUGUACUAGGCCCGGGGUCUCCGUGUUAUCGGGGCGAAUGCUACACGUUCGGUUCGGUAGCGUGA